UUGGUAUCGCCGGAGUGACAUUGUGAGGAGGCGCUCUGUGGUAAAAGGGAGCCGGAGAGAGACGGAGAGAGAGUGUGAGCGCCAUCGCCAUCGCCGAACGCCGGCGAACAGACACCAAAAAGUUUCGCCCGUCGACUUUUUGCGGUGCGUGGUUUCGAUGGAAGCGGUUUGCGAGGACGAUCACCAUCUCCGUCUGGUUAAAGGAUCAAGCGAAAUGCCGCUGUGGAUCUGUUGAACCCCGCGUGGAGGAUAUCUGGACUUAGCCGAGUUUCACCCAGUCGCAGAUUUUGUAUCCUUGGUCUCCUGGAUUAAAUUUCUUUCUGUCGCAAGGAAAUAUUCGGCAUGUGGAUGUCAAGGAAUUAUAAAACGAUGCAUCUGAUCCAGAGACAUUGUACAGCUGCUCUUUAAUUGCGUUUGGGCUUAUUGGAACCGCUUCUGUUUUCAGCUUGACCCCGCAGCUUCCAGCAAUCAAGGAGAUGAGCGGCACUUUUCUGUUGCUCCCUGCGAGACUGCAUGUUGAUGGACUAUGACAAGCUAUAGACCUGUUCAAAAUGAAAAGGUGGAGGUUGGUGGAUUAGUUAUAGGUGGAGUGGACAUUCUCGCAGGUACGAGCACAUACGAUUACCACGCAUCUCCGUUCGGGGUCCAGAAUGGGAACGUUUGCAACCAGGGAGAGAUCGCACCCCGUGCAAGUUCCACCCCCGCCAUGCCGAAGAUGGGCGUCCGUGCUCGAAUUGCCGACUGGCCACCAAAGCGGGAUCUAACGCAAUAUCCAGCCCUCAGUCCGGCAAGGGAAUCCGACGGUUCCAUGGUGGAUAUUGAGCUCAUCUCGACCCGAGGGUUGCAGAAUGGGCAGUGUUAUCCGAACUAUCAAAAUGCUUCCCAAACCCCCUGGACCCGAGGCCCCUCACACAGACCUCAAGGCAAAGCAAGGGAAGUGGAGUUCCAGAACGAGUGGCCUCGGGCUCCAGGCAAAGUGUUUGUUCCGCUGAGAGCACGAAGUAACAGCGAGGUUACACUCAAUGAAUAUGAUGGGGAUGGGACCCUGGAUCUCAAAGGCCCCAAACACGGGAGUGGAAUGCUCCCCUUGAGGGAAUACGGCAGCACCUCGUCCAUAGAUGUUCACGGAGUGGCGACUGAGAGCUUUUUCGACAUGCUGAAAGAGUACAAAAAUGAGAAGAUUGACCAGCGGAGCUCGGUGCCAGACAGCCUGAAGAAGCUGCUGCGGGCAGACCCCAGCAUGGCCUCCAGCCUCAGCCUUGAGGGGAGCGCCAGGGCCGACGACAGCCGAAGCGAGUCGUCUCAAAGGGAGGAGCCAAAGAGCGCGCACAAAGACCGGGAGAAAGCACGCAAGAAGCAGUCGCGGCACGAGAGCGGCGAGUCCAUCUUGAAGAAGCUUCGCAGCAGCAAGAGCGAGCAGGACUCGGGGAGGUCGAGCUCGGAUCACGAAGACGGCCGAUCGCAGGACAGCACCAAGCCCUGGGUUUGCCAGAAGUGCUUUGGCCACUUUGACGUGCAGAGCAUCCUGUUUGACCUCAACGAAGUGGUGAGCAACCGGAACUAUGUGGCCCACCGGAGGAACACCACGACCGGCGCCUCUGCCGCCUCUGCCACCUCGCUCGCCGUGUCGCGCUCGAACGCUCUGGGAAACCUGGAUUCUCGCUUCCCCAGCACCGAGGAGGUGAAUGGCAAAGAGAACCUGGAGCUUGACCUCGGAGACAGCAACUGCAACGACCUGCUCCUCAACUGCCCGCACUUCCGCAAUGAAACCGGCGGGAGCAGCGAGCGGGAUAUCAGCCUGUCGAAGGCCAGCAUCAACGCUGGGCAGAGCGGCGACUUCGAAGGAGCUUUCCCAAAGUUGGUCUGGAACCCGUACUGCACAAACGCCAGCAUUUCUGUGCUUGAGGUGCCAAAGGAGUCGCAGCUGCAACAGGAACGACUGAAGCACUUCAGCAUCGAGCAUGUGGACCGUGGAGCCAGAUAUUACCAAGAUUAUUUCCAUGGGAAAGAGCACUGGAAUUACUUUGGAGUGGAUGAGAAGCUCGGCCCGGUGGCUGUAAGCAUCAAGAGGGAGAAACUGGAGGACAGCAAAGAGCAAACACCUCAGUACGUGUACCGAAUCAUCUUCAGGACCAGUGAGCUCAUCACACUGAGAGGAGCGAUCCUGGAGGAUGCGGUUCCAUCAACGUCCAAGCACGGCACGGUGCGCGGGCUGCCGCUGAAAGAGGUGUUAGAAACGGUGAUACCGGAACUCAACAUCCAGUGUCUGCGGCUGGCUUUCAGCACACCCAAAGUGACAGAGCAGCUGCUGAAACUGGACGAGCAAGGGCUCAGCAGAAAGCAUAAGGUUGGCAUUCUGUACUGUACAGCCGGCCAGGGGACUGAAGAGGAGAUGUACAACAACGAGGAAGCGGGCCCGGCCUUUGAGGAAUUCCUGGAACAACUUGGGGAAAAAGUCCUUCUCAAGGGUUUUAAUAAAUAUGCAGCUCAACUGGACACAAAAACUGGUUCAACUGGUACCCACUCCCUAUACACCACAUAUCUGGACUAUGAGAUCAUGUUCCACGUCUCCACCAUGCUUCCUUACACCCCCAACAAUCGGCAGCAGCUUCUCAGAAAGAGGCACAUCGGCAACGAUAUUGUCACCAUCAUUUUCCAGGAACCUGGUGCGCUGCCCUUCACACCAAAGAGCGUCCGUUCCCAUUUCCAGCACGUGUUUGUGAUUGUCAGGGUGAAUAAUCCGUGCACUGAGGAUGUGUGCUACAGUGUGGCAGUGACCAGAUCCAAGGACGUCCCGAUCUUCGGGCCGCCCAUUCCCCAGGGCUUCACCUUCAGCAAGUCUGUGGUUUUCAGAGACUUCCUGCUGGCCAAGGUCAUCAACGGGGAGAAGGCGGCGCACAAGUCGGAGAAGUUCCACGCCAUGGCCACCCGCACCCGGCAGGAGUACCUGAAGGACCUGGCGGAAAACAGCGUCACCAACACGCCCGUGGAAACCACCGGCAAGUUCAACCUCAUGCUGCUGGGCACCAAGAAGAAGGAGAAGACGAAAGGCCGGCUGGGAGCCGAGCUCUACAGCGCCGGGGCCGUCACGUGGUGGGUUUACGCCCAGGACUACAGCCAGGCCAUUGAAGUGGAGUGCGUUCUGGGCAUCUCCACCGAGUACGUGGUGGUUAUUGAGCAGAGUACCAAGGACGUGGUGUUCAACUGCUUCAGUGACGAUGUGAUCGGCUGGACCCCCGAAGCAUCGACAAUCAAAAUCUUCCACGGCAGAGGCGACUGCAUAUACAUUCGGGCACUGGAGGAGAGUGCGGAGGACGUCAAGGAAAUCGUUCAGAGGUUGAAGAUUGUGACUGGAGGGUGCGAGACUGUGGACAUGACUCUGCGGCGGAACGGCCUCGGGCAGCUUGGGUUUCACGUCAAGUACGACGGCACGGUGGCGGAAGUGGAGGAGUAUGGGUUUGCCUGGCAGGCUGGGCUGAGACAGGGGAGUCGACUGGUGGAGAUCUGCAAGGUGGCCAUUGUAACGCUGACCCACGACCAGAUGAUCGAUCUCCUGAGGACAUCAGUGACCGUGAAGGUGGUCAUCAUCCCACCUCACGAAGACGGAAGCCCACGCAGGGGUUACUCCGAGUUGUAUGAAAUGCGGACCAUGGACAGCAAGACUGAGAGCGAUAGCAUGCCUGCUGGCUUGCGGCCACCCUACAGGACUAACACGCUGCAGUGGAGCAGUCCCACAGCCCACAGCGCGCUGCAGGCCCAGCGAUGGCCUGGAGGCGUGCCCACUCAGCCAUCCAACCGCAACCAGCCCUCCCGACAGCCCGCUGUCCCAGCCUCCUACAGUGAAUCACAAGCAAAGAACAGCAAGCGGCCGGUUAGCUACCCAGAGACUUUGUACAGCACGGCAUCGACGGUGGUGGCAGUGGAGAGAGUUGUGCCUUUUCGAAAUCCCUCUGGAAGCUUCUCUUCGUCGGGUUCUGGAAACGCCCUGUCUGGCAGACACAAAGGAACCCCUGACAGCAGGUACGGAGGGGGUCAACAUGGGCUUCCCCUGUAUGAGCAUCACAGCAGAGAGGAUACCAUGUCGAGUGGCAAGUCUUCAUCUGGAGGUCUAACAAGCCAGGACAGCACAAUGGAACGGAAUAAGAAUGAGCCCUUGUGGCAUGUACCUGCAGUGUCCAAAGUUUACACAAACUCCGGAAACAAUAUCUUUAAACGGCUCCCGAGACAAGAGCUAACAGGCAAGGAUUCCCCCAACAGGAAUGCCAAAGGCGACGCUCAUUACUCCAGCCAGUCCAGCAGCAACACGCUGUCCAGCAACGCCUCCAGCAGCCACAGCGACGAGCGGUGGUCUGACAACGUGGAGCACAUGGAGGUUGAGCUGGAGGCCUCGGUGAAGGGGGCGUCCAGCGACAGCGGCAUCGACACCACCCUCUACGCCCCCAGCCCCUUUGCUGCCGGCACGACGGCAGCCAAGCCAGCCCGGGCCGCACCCUGGCGGGACAAAGCUCAGAGACCCUUGCAGACGUCGGCCACCUAUAGCGAGCUGCAGGAGUGCACCAGCCGCAUGACGGACUGCACGCCGCCUCCCAUGGAGAAGAGGAGAGACUCGUCGCCAGCCCUCAACGCCAACGGCCAGAGCAAAGGCCACAGGAAGAAGGCCCACACUCCUGCUCACAGCACCAGCUAUGGGCUGAACAGCAGCAACGACAGUCCACAUCCUAGGCCAGGACACACCCCUCGCACCCACAAGACCCCGCCACCGGACUUGCCCAGGCCACUGGCGCCCUGCCCUCAGCUCUCAGCUUCCGUCCCCAAAUCCUUCUACUCCUAUCAGAAUGUGAAGAACAUGUGUCCAGCUGGCUGGAAAAUCUCCGCCAGCUCCCAGGGUCGACAUUCUGGAUUCACCGAGACUAAAACGUCAGCCAAUGUUGCCUCUACUAACGUCUUUGGCCAGCCCAGGUUGCGGGCGUCUCUCCGAGACCUCCGAUCGCCGCGCAGAGCCCACAAGUCCACCCUGGAGGAGGAUCUGAAGAAGCUUAUUCUGCUGGACAGCCCCCUGCCGGAGACAGAUAGGGAUAUGCUGCAUUCUUCACGGAAGAACCUGCAGCGAACCCUGUCCGACGAAAGUAUCUGCAGCGGACGAAGGGAGCCGAUGUACGCCAACUCCCAGCACGCUGCCAUCGACCAGGCCCUUCCAAAUGACGUGAUCUUCACCAGCACCUACCCAUCCCAAACGCUUCCCAUCCGCAGGCUAGCUCAGCCUCCCACCUCUAACUUCGAAAAGAAAACUAACAUAUCUGCCUCCGAGCUCUCGUUGACGGACCUGCGAGACCGCAUACCGGUGCGCCGGAAUGACCCGGGACUCAUGCCUCUGCCCGACCCCGAGUCAGAGCUGGAAUGGUCCAGCCUUGUCAACGUUGCCAAAGCCUACGAGGUCCAGAGAGCGGUUUCUCUCUUCUCAUUAAAUGAUCCCGAGGUGGGCCGGUCGUUCAGCCCAUCGCAUGGCCACAUUGUCCUGGAACGGCAGAGCUCGCCCAGGGCCACCCACGUCUUAAGCAACGAGCCGGCAUUAGCACUGACAGGGAAAGUCUACCAGCUCGAGGUCCAACUGAAGCAGCUACAGGAUGACCUGCUGAAGGAGAAGGAGGAUAAGUUUGUGCUGCAGGCGGAGGUUGCCAACCUGCGUGUCAAUAACCAGCGCCUCCAGGAGGAGUCGCUCUCGGCCACCGAGCAGCUGCGGAGGUUUGCUGAGAUAUUUUCCAGCUCGAUGGAGAAGAAGUGACCCCUCCGCCCUCCGCCCUCUGCCCUCUGCCCUCCGCCCUCCGCCCUGGCCGAGCCUCGGCCUGCGAGAGACUUUACGGAGCGGCAACCCAUCCUGGAAUGUUCCGGAAGCCGCAGAGCUGCCACGGCCAGCCGGAGGUGGUAGAGUGUGGGUUGUGGGUUGCGGGGUACCCCUUUAUGCUGGGGGUAUCUGGGCCCUCUCUACCCUGCCCUGCCCUGCGGGAUUCACCGCCCUGCCUCCAUUAACACCAGCACCAACCCAGCCUGAGCGAAUGUUUCACCAUCUCCCUCCGUCUGUCAGUAAACCAGCGCGAUGCCCUGUUGCCCCUCUCCCCCCCCUCUGCUGCUCCCUAAAGGCAGUCUGGAUCACACAAGCGACAAGCUAAAAUCCGCUUCAUAUGUCUACACAAUACCUCGGAGUCACAGAGUGAUACAACAUGGAAACAGGCCCUUCAGGCCCAACCUGCCCACACUAGUCCCACCUGCCUGCGUUUGGCCCAUAUCCCUCUAAACCCAUGUACCUGUCCGAAUGUUUGUUAAACGUUGCGAUACUACCUGCCUCAACUACCUCCUCUGGCAGCUCGUUCCAUACAACCCACCACCCUUUGUGUGGAAAAGGUCUCUAGGCAGGAAUUACGAUUCAGGUUCCCCAUCUUAACGGUAGCCGUUCUAGUGUGCUAAACCAGGCAUUGCUUGCAUCUAGAAUUAUACUCCAGCCACAGGGCCUUCUAUCCGUACAGCCAGAAACUAUUAUAUUGCCUCCUCAUGGAGUGACACAGCACGGAAACAGGCCCUUCAGCCCAACAUGCCCAUGCCGACCAAACUGUCCCAUCUACACCAGUCCCACCUGCCUGCGUUUGGCCCAUAUCCCUCUAACCCUGCCCUGCCCAUCUACCUGUCCAAAUGUCUCUUAAAUAUUGUGACAGCACCUGCCUCAACUACCUCCUGUUCAGAACUUAAACAUGGGGCAGUUUUAAUAUGACAUUCAAAAGGGGUGGCCCAGUGGCGCACAGUUUCGAUCCUGACCUCGAGUGCUUUCUGUGUGGAGUUUGCACGUUCUCCCUGCGACUGCAUGGGUCUCGUAAGGGGAGCUCCGGUUUUCUGCCACGUCCCAAAGGCAUGCGGGUCCGUGGGCCAAUCGGCCCUCUGAAAAUUGCCCCCUCGUCGUGUGUGGGGAGGGGGUGAGAAAGUGGGAUAGCAUGGACCCGGUGCGAACGGGUGAUCAAAUGUGGGCCAAAGGGUCUGUCUCCGUGCUGCAUCUCUAAACUGAUCUAAAGGAGCAGGCAAGGUUUGUGUCAUUUUAGUUCUUAAUAACGUGCUUGGGAAGAGAGCAGAGAGCGGACUUGGACUGGAGUGUUCUGGGUUGGGUUUGAUCAGCAUGUUGGGGGUCACCAUGCAGAGUAAGGUGUCUCUCUAGAAGGUAGACUCUCCCACUCCCCAUUGCUGCCCAAUGAACCCUCUACCCCUCCACUCUUUCCCUCCGUGCAGAAGAAGCAUUGUGAUGCAAACCUGGGCCAAGCAUCCUCUAGUUUAGAGACCCAGAGACCCAGGUUCGAUCCCGACUGCGGGUGCUGUCUGUCCAGACUUUGUACGUUCUCCCCGUGACCUGCGUGGGUUUUCUCCGGGAGCUCCGGUUUCCUCCCACACUCCAAAGACGUGCAGGUUUGUCGGCUAAUUGGCUUGGGUAAAAAUUGUAAAUUGUCCCUAGUGUGUGGUGUGGGUGUGUGUGUGUGAUGUUUCAGGAUAACGUUAGUGUGCAGGGAUCGCUGGUCUGCGUGGACCCGGAGGGCCGAAGGGCCUGUUUCCGCGCUGUAUCUCUAAACUAAAACUAAAAGUUUGGAGAGUCUAGGGUCAGCGGAGGACAAUGUUGAGAGACAGUCUCCACUUACAGCGAAUGCCAGCAUUGAGGGAACGAGAGAUUGGAUCGAUGAUGGCUGAGUCCCUGUUAAACACCACUCAGCCAUCCGUUUAACUCCACCCUCGUUCGAUCUGAUACAAUCCAGUUGUGACAUUAAGACCUUUUUCCUUUGUACAGUCUGCCACACUGUUGAUAUAUUUCAGUAAGCUAUUUAAUUUUAUUUGAAAAUUUUUUUAAUUGAAAAUCUUUGUUUCUGAGAUAAUGUUUCAGACUAAGACACUAAGGGGUCUUUACGCGAAAAUCACUUACGCCUUUUUUUCUUUUUUGGCGACUUAGUCGCAGCAGGUGGCCGAAAAUCUUCACCGUGUUGAAAAUCCAGCGGGGACCAGAAAAAGGUACGACUCUUUGGGCGACUUCUCACGACCAUACAGGCUUCACCCCGCCACAUGUCGACAGGUGACGCCUGUCUGGUCAUGAGUAGUCACCCAAAGAGUCGUACCUUUUUCUGAUCGCCGCUGGAUUUUCACCAUUUUUAAAAUUUCCGUCCACCUGCUGCGACUAUGACGGGUGCUGGCGAAUCACCGAAAAAAUCACGUAAGUGGGACAGCCCCUUAAGGUGAUCACGGUCUAACGAUACGAUAGGAAGUAAUGAAAAGCACUUUCUCAUGCAGCCUAAAUUAUUUUCUAGAAAAGUUCCAUUCGGGAUGGCUCAGGAAAUUUAAAUUGAUAAAUGUACAUGCUUUUUUUGUAUACACUAUAUUUGUAUAAAUUGUUUUAGGUUUUUUUUAAUUUGAAAUCUUAAAAAUUGCAAUUGGAAUUGUCGAGUUGAACUAGUGAACUACUGACCAUUGUGAGUCUCUAGAGGCAGCUGUUUCAGUAGAGAGCUAGGUGGCCAGAUCAAUGCAGACUCUGUAGGUUGUCCUACACUGUAAGCAGUUUGCUCAAUUGUCCUUGUGGAGGAAGAACAGGCAUUAAAACAAAUGUUACACAAAAAAGCUGGAGAAACU